GGCGACGUACGAACAAGCCGUGAGUUUCUUCCAGCGAAUGCUCGCCAAGAUGCGGGCCGCAGUGGAGGACGUCAAAGAGGCGGGCUUUGCCACCAAGUCCAAUUGUGGCCCGUACUACUGGGGCGCCCACCAGCGUUUCUUCAAGAUGCUCUGUAUCGCGUGCAAAACCGGGCGGAUCGUCGCGCUAACCCAGAGCCUGGUUGAGGCGGGAAACCAGGUGGUUAUGAGCCUGCAAGGCACGGGGGAGGCGUACCAAGAGCGGACGGAUCUCGCGCGCGCCGGGGGGGAGGAAGACCUGAUGGACAAGGCCCCCCAGCAGCUGCUGGCGUCAGCGGUGACGUACCUCUUCCCCCCCGUGGCGAAGAAGGAUCUAGAGAGGGCGAGAGAACAGAAGCCGGAGCUGUUUGAGCAGCGGGAGGAGCUGCUGGAGGAGGUGCACGCGCUGGGCAUGCCGGACAACCCGCUGGACGACCUUAAGCUCGGGCUGGGCGGCCCCGACAAAGUGGCGGAGCUGACGGGGCGCAAGCAGAUGGUCGUCCUGGAGGACGGGAAGAAGACGCUCAAGUCGCGCGCCGAGCACCUGAGAUGCAGCACCGACGAAGUGAACCUGUACGAGCGGGACCUGUUUCAGAAGGGCCAGAAGCUCGUUUGCAUCAUCAGUGACGCUGCUUCCUCCGGCAUCUCGCUCCAGGCGGACAGGAACUGCCCUGUAGACCCGGCCACCGGCAAGGUGCGCCGUCGCCACCACAUCACGCUGGAGCUGCCGUGGUCAGCUGACAAAUGCGUUCAGCAGCUGGGCCGGUCGCACAGGUCAAACCAGGUUUCCGCCCCGUUCUACCACCUGACGGUGUCAGACGUGGCGGGCGAGAAGCGCUCUGCAUCAGCCGUGGCGAAGCGUCUGCAGAGCCUGGGUGCGCACACAAACGGCGACCGGCGGUCCGUGAUCUCAAACAUGGUCGACUUCGACCUGGACAACCAGUACGGGGUCCUGAGCCACUGGUUGCUGAGCUUCGUACGGAGGCAUAUAAAUAUUCUGAUACAACAAGGUUUUUUGAACGCUACUGCCUCUUCGGUUGGUGCAUGGAGGUCACGACAAUCGACGGCAAGCUGGACUCGCCCAGCCCCGACAGACAUGAUGCGCGACUUGCUCGCGGAGGAGUUCCCGGAGGACCCUACCGACGACCAGCUUUUGGAGCGCACACGCGCAGUAUACCAAGAGAUGCGCGAGGAUCUGGGCGCGGUGGAGCUGCUCGAGCGCAAGAAGAACAAGAAGGUCGCCGUCUCGCGGUUCCUGAAUCGGAUCCUGGGGGUCCAGCCGGCGCGCCAGAACCGUCUCUUCAAGUUCUUCUGCCUGCACGUCGACGCGGAAAUUGCCAGGGCCCGGAAGAACGGCACGUUCGUGGAAGCGAUUGGCCAGAUGGGCAGGGACUACGAGUCAGUCGAGAUUAUCGAAGGCCCAACAGUGGUUUACACACACCCUGAAAACGGCGCAGAAAUCUUCUGCUACCGCUUCAAGAUGGACAAGGGCGCCCACUGGAACAAGGCCAUCGCGCACUACAAGGAGGAACCAGGGCACUUCAAUGGAUUUUGGCGGAGCAAGAAAGAAUUCGGUGGUGAGAAGUUCAUCCUGCUCGCGACAGAGCUGCCCCCCGGGAGUGAAGCGGACCGCCUCGCGCAGGGGGCGAGGGGCCGAGUAGUACCAACGAGCGUCAAGCAGAAGACGCGCAUCCGUCUCAUGCGGCCGAACAAUGCCAACCCCCCCGGAUGGAACCUGGCGGCACUUCGGGAGAAGUACGAGUUUGUCAAGCACUUCGACCCCGACGAAUACGAACAGAACGCGGUCCAGCAGGAGUGGGUCAGGCAGUAUGCGCACGGGGCUUCGGCAAGAGGGACAUCCGGCCGGAUCGAUGAGGCGCAUUUCCUGGCGGGUUCGCUUACAUGCAUCUGGCCUCUGGUUCAAGAUGUGAUGGCGAAGGGUAGAAAGAAGAUGACCAAGAUCUGCCGCAUCAAAGAAACAACUGAAAAUGGGCGCCAAGUGAUCGGUCUGCACAUCCGUGACCUAGAUGACGUCACCGAGAUCCUGCAGCGGCUCGAGAGCAACGACCUCCCGACGGACUACCCGCCGGGAACCGCCGCGCCGGAGGAGGCGGAAGACCUCACCGGGUGGGGCGAGAUCAUGAAGACGAGACAGGACAAGAAGGACGCGAAGGCCCCCGGUGAUAAGCCCCGGGGAGGUCCACGGAAGGAGGCAAAGCGCAAGCGCAAGUUUGAGCGUUUCCAGCGACCAGAGCUGCCCGUCGAACCCGAGGAGGUCGCCCAGCUGGAGCAGUCGGGGCUGUGGGAAAAGCUGCCGCCGCCCCCGGUGGUCGACCCCGACGCUUACGAGGUCCCGGUCAGUGCCGAAGCAGAGCCCGCCCCUGUGCCAGUCGUCCGGCGACGAUCAAAUACCGCUCGGCAGCGGGGUGCUUCGAACCGGGGGGAUCCCCCGAGAGCCGGAAACGCAGGGAGAGGCGCUCGGGAAGGGUUGGUCGCGGGAGAUGCGGAAGCGCCUGUUCACACUGAGGAGGAACGGGCAGGAGGGCCUGGUGUGAAUGACGGAAGGGAGUCUGGAGAGGGCGACCGUACCCGGGGAGCGGAAGCGGAGACAUCAGCGAGGGAUCCCCCGGAUGCAGGUCCCUCUGUGGUGCCCCCGGAGCGAGACACGAGAGCGGACGAGCAGGCUCCGGAAGAAGCGGGGAGCGGGGAAGAGCCUGUUCACACCGGGAGGGAACGGUCUUGGGGAGCUGGUGUAAAUGAUGGGCAGGGUUCUGAGGGGAGUGUCGGUCCCCAGGGAGCAGAAGCUGAGGCACGAGCGAGGGAUCCCCCGGAGGCAGGUCCGUCUGUCCCCCCGCAGGAGCAAGACGCAACAGAGCAAACUAGGGUUUCGGAGGAAGAGAGAAGCGCGGGGCCUAGCGGAACGGAACGGGAACGAGACGUGCGAGCGGAAGUCCGGGCUCCGGAGGAGGAAAGAAGCGCCAGGCCUGGCGGGACGGAACAGGAACGAGACGCGAGAGCGGAGGUCAGGGCUCCGGAGGAGGAGAGAAGCGCAGGGUCUAGCGGAAUGGAACGGGGCGAGCGGAACGCCGGAGCCGGUUCUGGACGGCGGCAGCUAGAGGUGGACAGCGACACGGAUUUGGACAGCGAGGAUGAGGCGAUUCUGGACGACAUCAUGAAGAUCGAUUGGCGGGUGAAGACCGAAAGAAAGCCCAAAGUCCGAGACUCCCCUGAGAGACCGGGAGCGGUGUCCGGUUCCGCAGCGGAAGCAGAAGCAAGCAAAAUGCAGCCGGGAACCAGCACAGUGGAACAAGAGUGCGCAGUGGCCACCAGAGGCAAGAAGCGAGAGUAUGUUGACCUGGAUGCUGAUAAGGCGGCGCCGAGUAAGAAGCCCGUUUACAUUAACCUGGAUAGUGACGAUGAGGAGAGCGGAGAGGCGGGAGUAACCUGGGAAACCAGGAGACCGGAGGGUGUUUCGACCGAAGCUGCUCCGAAGGCGGCCCGUGCUGACGUCAAGCAGGAGCGAGCAUCUCCAAAAAUGUCGCCGCAGGAGGCUAGCGCUUCCGGUGGUGUCAAGCCGGAUGUCGGCAACUCGCCUGGGGGCCCCUUGACAAAAAACAGCCCGUCGCAAGUCCCCAGAGCCUCGACUGCAGAAAUUCGAGCAACGCUCACUGCCGUUUGGGAUGCGGUCCGGCGUCGAGUGAGUCUUCCGGCGGAGUCAAACGGUCCGCCCACAGAUCCUCCUGUGGUUCAGGCCGACGGCACGGCUGUCAGCUUGGGAGCCCGGGAGAGUCCGCCGGGGGCGCAGAGUCCCUGCCGCGACGGAAGCGGCACUCCCCCAGGUCCCCUUGAAGGUCAAGAAAGUGAACCGGGGAGUUUGUCGGACGUGGAAGAAGGUUUGGCUGGGAAGGAGAGACCGGGGGAAGACGGGGAUGCAGCAGAGGGUUCGAAGGGGAAGGUUGCGGAGGGUGAGCAAGACGGAACAACAGACGAGACGACGGCAGAGAAGGGCCCCGUUGGGAAGGAAGGUUUGGGCACUCCAGCCUCUCUGCAGCGCAAGCGGGUUGAGGCAUCCCCGGCAGGCGGAGCCUGCUUGCCAGUCCCUGGAAAAGGGCGUCAAGAUGCGGUCAAGAAGAAGCUGUUUGUUGACGACGAAGCACCGGUUGCUGCCGAAGAAAAGAAACGGAAGAGUGACGAGGGUGCAGGGGGAUCCCUUUCCGGGGCUGCGCCAGAGGAGGGUGUGGCGCCGCCAGAGGGCAAGCGGGCGAGGGUUGAGUUGGACUCUUCCCUGACAGGGGGCAGAGCAUUCGACAAUGGAAUUGAACGGCAAACCGGUGGAGACGAUCCCCCAACGCAGGACACGUGUCCCGGCACAGGCAGGCGGUACGCCGCGCCAAUUGGCGGGCAAUUGGUGCGGAACGGCGCUUCGUUGUCGAACACCUUCAAGCGGAACGCGAUUGUGAGAGCGCUGCAGCGAGUGCGGAACAAGGGUCGCUCGGCAGAGGUGUCCGGAAGAGAUGCGAGCGGAGCGGAACCGGAGCGGGCCGGAACAGGUCGCAAGUGCGGAACGGAACCACCGAGCGGAACAAGUGUAGAGGCGCCGAAGGCCACCGGAAACGGGUCCACACCGCAAGCGGAGGUCUGGCCCGAUUCGUUCGCAUGGCCGGAAAACAAGAAGAGAAAGAAGCGGAGAACUGGGGAAGCGAAGGGAGGUGAAGCCGUCAAGAGCAGCCAGUCCGCGCAAGAAGGCAAACGUUUGGUUCCUGUGAAUGGGGAGCAUCCGCCGACAGGGCUGGCGGGUGGUGUCAAGCCGGGUUUGAGUGAGAGCGGGCUGCCACGUUCGACACUCUGUAGCACGGUUGGAGAUGGCGAGGGGCAAGAAGCGGGCAAGGGGCAGGCGCCAGGUGGGGAGGACGUAGCAGAGAGUGGAACGAAUGAAACAGGGCCUCCGCUUAGCGGGUCUGGCCAGGCUGGGAGCACUGCAAAGCCUGAGGCCUUGCAAAUGGUGGCGCGGCCUGCUGACCAUCAGCCGCCUGCAGCCGCUGCCCCGAUGAAUUUCAUGUCGAUGCUGGCGGGAAUGGACCGGACGGCCAUACAGGCCAUGGCGGACUUCUUCCAAGCCUUUGCGAAGCGAGCAUAGUAGCGUUGUUUGUUACCAUUGUUGGAGGUUUAACUUUGUUAGCAACAGCGUAGGAGAGAGCUCAUGCGUUGCCUAUCUAGGCCUUGAUAGAUAUAGCCUGACUAAAGUUGAUACCUGCGGCACAGAAACAGAGGGUUGACAGGCAGUGUCACUUUAUGAUAGUAAAUUUUGGACAAGAGGUUCUUAUGAACAGUUAAGAAGGUCCCAACUUGUCUUGUCCAUAAAGGUUGUAAGGUGCCAGGUUCUGCACCACACCAUUGGGCACAGCAUGCAAGUCGUAUGCUUGUGUCGGCCAAUUUGCU